AUGGGCGUAUCUUUGCCGGCUUUGCCCCCUGUCAUCAGCAAGCCCAUCUCUCGUGGAGCAGAAGUCGUUCGGGGGUCCAUUGGCAGUUGGACCUGGGGACCAGUUUUAGCCAUUGCUAAACCUGCAAUCUUGUCCGUCCUCUCGCGCAUCGAAACGGGAACUCUCUUGAUAGUAGACGAGCCCGCCGGGACGAGAUAUGUGUACGGCCAAAAACUAUCAGGAAAGCUCGAGAGUACAAUCGAACAGAACGGAUUGCCCCGCCGAGCGGAUACCAUUCCACGACUUGAGAUUGUAGUCAAGGACGAUGCGUUUUGGAUGCGGUUGUUCUUGUUUGCCGAUAUGGGAUUCGCCGAAGCCUACAUGUUGGGCGAUUUCGAGUGCAAGGACCUAACAUCCUUCUUCCAGCUGUUCAUUAUAAAUCGCAAUCAGAUGGACAAUGGGACCACUUGGGCUUCCAGCAUGUCUUCGGCAAUCUCAAGUGUAGCCCGAUCAACGAACACGCUCUCCAAUGCACUGCUCAACAUCUCGGCGCACUACGAUAUCAGCAAUGACAUGUUUGCUGCUUUCCUUUCACCGGACAUGACAUACUCCUGUCCCAUCUGGAAACGCCAUGAUGGAGAGGAAGAGUCGUUAGAGGAUGCCCAGAUCACCAAGCUGCGCCGAUUCAUUGACGGGGCUAGGAUCCAGUCGACUGACCAUGUGUUGGAAAUCGGGACUGGCUGGGGGUCGUUUGCAAUUGAAGCAGUCAAAAGAACCGGUUGUCGAGUUACUAGCCUCACACUUUCCAAGGAACAAAAGAUCUUGGCGGAGGAGAGAAUCGAUGCCGCAGGUUACAGUGGCCACAUCGAGGUAAAGUUGAUGGAUUACCGAGCGAUGCCGGUUCCUGAGCAGCCAUAUGACAAAAUUGUCUCCAUCGAGAUGUUGGAAGCAGUAGGCCAGGAGUACCUUGCUACCUACUUCAACUGCAUCGAUCGGCUGCUGAAGAAGGAUGGAGGCAUCGCUGUCUUCCAGUGCAUUACAAUGCCGGAGGGUCGCCACGAGGCUUAUUCCAAGUCAGAGGAUUUCAUCAAUCAUUACAUUUUCCCGGGUGGGUACUUGCCAUCCAUCACCCAGUUGCUGAACCACAUCAGUCAACAAUCCCAGGGAACACUUGUUGUCGAGAAUGUUGAGAACAUCGGUGGACAUUAUGUGAAGACACUAAGACUGUGGAAGGAAAAGUUCUUGGAGAGCUUUGACGAAAAGAUCAGGCCAGCGCUCGCCAAGGAGCACCCGGACAUGACCCAAGAGGGGAUCGAGGUGUUCCGAAGAAAGUGGGAGUAUUACUUCACUUAUUGUGAGGCGGGGUUUGUGACGAAAACUCUCGGCGAUGUCAUCAUCACUGUUGGGCGAGAGGGCGCUUUGGAGUUGAUGGACGGUAUCCCACUCUAA